AUGCAAUCAGAGUUGUACAGUCAUAAAAGAGAGAUGGUGGCAAAACCUCAACUAAGAGUUCUCAUAUGGGUCACUGUUGCGACUUUGCGGUUUCAAGAUCUUUUAGGUGAGUUAUAAUUGCUUUAAAACUAACUUGGACUUAAGGAUAUGUUGUGUCUUGAAUGCAAUGCAAUGAAAAUAGUAGAUAAAGGAUUAGUAGUUAAAGUUGUAUUGAAUUGAAUAUCAAUAUGUACAUUUGCAUGUAAUUGAAUACCACAACAGGUGCUAAGUGGAAGUUGAGUUAAACUUAAAUCCUAUGUUUCUGAGAGUAACAUUAUUCAUUUUUUCAUGAAUAAUUUGAAUAGUGAAAAUACCAACUUUUUCUCUCUCUCUCAGAUGUGUCUGGUGCCAUUCAUGGCGGUCUUCCUUCCCAGGGCUUGGGCAAAUCCAUCAGCGAUGCAAACUUGAUGUUUGAGGUUAGAGUUACACUUCUAUUAGCCUGGUCCCAGAUCAGUUUGGGUGGUCUUGCUGACAAUUACCAUCAAAGUCAGAAAGAAAGAACAGAUCUGGGACCAGGCUACAUUUAUAUGAGCAUAUUGUAUUUUCUCUUGAGUAAUCCUCUGUAGCUCAGCUGGUAGAGCAUGGCGCUUGUAACGCCAAAGUAGUGGGUUCGAUCCCCGGGACCACCCGUACACAAAAAUGUAUGCACGUUGGAUAAAAGCGUCUGCUAAAUGGCAUAUUAUUAUUAUUUGUUUCUGUUUUUCCCCACCAUCUGUUUACUAAACUUAUUUCUUGUACAUAUGUUAUUACACUACAUGACUAAAAGUAUGUGGACACCUGCUUGUCGAACAUCUCAAUCCAAAAUCAUGGGCAUUAAUAUGGAGUUGGUCCCCCCUUUGCUGCUAUAACAGCCUCCACUCUUCUGGGAAGGCUUUCCACUAGAUGUUGGAACAUUGCUGCGGGGACUUGCUUCCAUUCAGCAACAAGAGCAUUAGUGAGGUCAAGCACUGAUAUUGGGCGAUUAGGCCUGGCUCGCAGUCGGCGUUCCAAUUCAUCCCAAAGGUGUUCGAUGGGGUUGAGGUCAGGGCUCUGUGCAGGCUAGUCAAGUUCUUCCACACUAAUCUCGACAAACCAUUUCUGUAUGGACCUCGCUUUGUGCACGGGGGCAUUGUCAUGCUGAAACAGGAAAGGGCCUUCCCCAAACUGUUGCCACCAAGUUGGAAGCACAGAAUCUUCUAGAAUGUCAUUGUAUGCUAUGGCAUUAAGAUUUCCCUUCACUGGAACUAAGGGGCCUAGCCCGAACCAUGAAAAACAGCCCCAGACCAUUACUCCUCCUCCACCAAACUUUACAGUUGGCACUAUGCAUUGGGGCAGGUAGCGUUCUCCUGGCAUCCGCCAAACCCAGAUUCAUCCGUCGAACUGCCAGAUGGUGAACCGUUCUGUGAGCUUGUGUGGCCUACCACUUCGCGGCUGAGCCGUUGUUGUUCCUAGAUGUUUCUGCUUCACAAUAACAGCACUUACAGUUGACCGGGGCAGCUCUAGCAGGGCAGACAUCAGACGAACUGACUUGAUGGAAAGGUGGCAUCCGAUGACGGUGCCACGUUGAAAGUCACUGAGCUCUUCAGUAAGGCCAUUUCUACUGCCAACGUGUGUCUGUGGAGAUUGCAUGGGCGUGUGCUCGAUUUUAUACACCUGUCAGCAACGGGGGUGGCUGAAAUAGCCGAAUCGACUAAUUUGAAGGGGUGUCCACAUACUUUUGUAUAUAUAGUGUAUCUACCCACAAUUGACUGAUCAUUAGAUUCUUACCUCUCCAUACAGUUCUUGUUGGGUGGAGUGGAGAUUGACAAAGACAACAACAUCGUCCUGCUGGACCUGGAGAUGGCAUCUAUGAGGCAGGGACGGGCUUUCCUGGCUCACAUCAACGACAACAUCCCCAAGACGCUCUCUUCCAUGGAGCAGAUGGUGAAGGACCUGGAGGACAAGAGAGGGCCUCUCCCUCUCUCCCAACCCCGCUUUGAGAGCCUCAUCCUGGGCAUGGUCUACUCUGCUCACCAGGCCAAGCUCCAGGAGAGAGAGGAGGGCCAGGAGAAAUGGGGAGAGGUGCUGAUACGUCUGGUUAAUGUUACAGUCAACGAGCUACGUAGACCAGAGCCCAUCACAACACUCACUUAG